AAGGGGCGCACGGGACCCGGAUGUGGAGGCUGUGAGCGCUGGGCUGAGCGGCCGCAAUGAUGGACGGAAUGGAUGACAGUCCUGACUACUUCACAGAAGAGGAGAACAAGUUGCGGUCGGUGUCUGUGGACCUGCACUCGGAUGCCACACUACAGGUGGACAUCUCGGAUGCUCUGAGCGAGAGGGACAAAGUGAAAUUCACCGUUCACACUAAGACCACCCUGCCCUAUUUCAAGCAAGGGGAGUUCUCGGUCGUGCGCCAGCACGAGGAGUUCAUCUGGCUUCACGACGCCUACGAGGAGAACGAGGAAUACGCCGGCAUAAUCAUCCCGCCGGCACCUCCGAGGCCAGACUUCGACGCCUCCCGGGAGAAGCUGCAGAAGCUGGGGGAGGGCGAGGGCACGAUGACCAAGGAGGAGUUCACCAAGAUGAAGCAGGAGCUUGAGGCGGAGUAUCUGGCGAUCUUCAAGAAGACGGUGGCGAUGCACGAGGUGUUCCUGUGCCGCCUCGCCGCGCACCCUCUGUUACGCAAGGACCACAAUUUCCACGUCUUCCUGGAGUACGAUCAGGACUUGAGCGUGCGCGGAAAGAACAAGAAAGAGAAGUUUGGCGGAUUUCUCAAGAAUAUGGUCAAGACAGCAGACGAGGUCCUCAUUGCCGGCACAAAGGAUGUAGAUGAAUUCUUCGACCACGAAAAGACGUUCAUCCUCGAGUACCACGGCAGGAUUAAGGACGCCACCAUGAAAGCUGACAAGAUGACGCGCGCGCACAAGAAUGUGGCCGAGGACUACAUACGGAUCUCUUCUGGGGUCUACACGCUCGGCACUCAGGAACCCACCAACCUCAGCAGAAUUUUCCUCAAGUUCACCGAGCUGCUGGAGAAAACCCGGAAACUCGAGGGUCGGGUUGCGUCCGAUGAAGACCUCAAGCUCUCCGACCUGCUGCGGUACUACAUGAAGGACUCGCAGGCGGCCAAGGAUCUGCUCUACAGGCGGGCGCGCUCCCUCAUCGACUACGAGAAUGCCAACAAGGCCCUGGAUAAAGCCCGGGCCAAAAACAAGGACGUGCAGCAGGCGGAGGCGCACCAGCAGAUCUGCUGCCACAAAUUCGAGAAGCUGUCCGAGUCUGCAAAACAUGAACUGAUCGACUUUAAAACCAGGCGAGUGGUCGCCUUCAGAAAAAAUUUGGUGGAAAUGACGGAAAUGGAAAUUAAGCAUGCCAAGGCCAACCUGCAGUUUCUGCGUAACUGCCUCGUGACCCUUAAAGAGGAGCAGCAGCAGCAGCAAUGAAGAGCUGCACACAGCUUCUGCCACGCACUUGGGGGCCGCCGCUCUCUCCGUCCGUGCUGUUGAACGAGCUGUCACUAACCGAUUGCUGCUAUAGCCACGACAAACAAACAAAAGGUUGAAACAUUGAAAAUUAUGUUGUUGUUGUGUAUUUUUUUCCGUUCAAAUCACUUUUUUAGUCACAGAGUGGUUAAUAAUAUGGUGACAUUCCGAAACUUUGUGUGAUGUGCGCUUGGUGUGGUGUGGGUGAGUGCAAUCAUCCUCCCAUAACAAAAAAAACCCAUGCAGUGCAGAUAUUAAUUUGUCGGGUUGUUUGUAUGGUUUUUUGAGCUGUAAACUUGUAUGGUAGUUGGUGCCAAUCACUGGGCCGGGUCUUAAUUGUUAAAAUUUGGUUUUGUUGUCCGGUAUAUAUAUUUCUUUUACUCUACAUGCUACUUAUUUUUAUAAUCACAGCGACACCAACAACAACAAAAAAAACUGAUCUGAUGCAAUGGCGAUUCACGGUCCUGAAUGCAUUCUCAACUAAAAAUCACACUUUCAAAAUCACGAUGAAAUAUUAAUGAUGCGUUUUUUUCGUUCUUUUUGCUGUUGAAUAGCGGUACUCGUUAUGUUUUGCGUAAUAAAACAAGUGAUUAAUUACGUGUUGAUACUAA